CACGAAUCUGAUCUGUUUUGUUUCACGAAAUUUUGUUUUCAUAUUUUGAUGUUCUUUUCCUUUCGCGUGUGUUUCGCGUAGUACCCUCUUAGAGCUAUUUUCUUCAUCUUAAGUUUUGUUAUGGUGGUAAAACGAUGCCCAAACUGCGAUCAGACGCUCCCUGUGGCAUGCAAAUCAUGUCCAUGCGGUCACAUUUUUAUCAGCCGAAAACUACAUCAAGCUCAAGUCAAAAAGGAAGGAGAGCAUGUGAAUGUUCUAGAACGUGAUAAAAGGCUCCGUCCUGAGCGGCCCAAGAAAGAAAAUCCAGAUUUUGAUUAUGAAUUCCCUGAAAAUCUUGUUUGGGUCAACAAAGACCAGAUGCCUCUUCCUUUAACUCAGAAAGAUGCUGUCAGAAUUGAGAAACUACAAGGCUUAGAUAAGCAGAUAUCACAGAUACCACAGCUUCCUCAAACUAUUGAUGGUGUGGUUCUUCCGAAAAAGAGAGGUCGACCAAAAGGAUCUAAGAACAAAGUUAAGACUGACUCUGUUACAGGGGAAGUUAUUCAUCCACAACCACAGCCAGUUCAGCUUGAUGAAGAUGGUAUGCCAAUAAAACGUAAGAGAGGUCGUCCAAAGGGCUCCAAAAAUAAACCAAAACCACAGUCCCUUCUAUCCCCAAACAAAUCCAUUAAGAAUGGAAAUAAUGAGGGCGAGGAUCAUACAUCCAGUGGAUCUGAUAACAAAGAACCAGUAGAUGUCAUGCCACAUAUUUCUCGUGAGAAAGCGGAGAUGUACUCCCUUAUUUUGAGUGACAUCAACCAAAGAAUGAUGUCACAGUCAUGCAUGAAGUAUGUGUAACUUAUAGAGAAGGAUGUUGUGUUUGAAAUGAUUGCAAGGUCAAAAUUAUUUCAAUUUACACUUGGGAUUUGGAAAAGGACUGAGUUGAGUGCACAGUUAGUGUGAAUUGGUUUUACACUAACAAUUGCCUCUGAAUUGUCUGAUGCACUAUUCAGCUGCUAAAUGAACACUAUUGACUGUAUCAGUAACAAAUUUUGCAGAGAAAAGUGUGAAGAAUCCUGCACAGAGUAAAAUUAUAAGAUGUGGUUCCUUUUAUUUCUUUUUGUUAUACAAGAAAAUGGAAAGAAAACCACUGAGGGAGUUGCAUGUAUUUGAUGAAUGAAUCGGUCAUUACACACCAAUAAUGUGAUACUCGGACAUGCAGUUAACCAAUCAAAACCAAGAAUUUUAGAUGUGAUUAUGAGUAAAGCUUAAAAUUGAAAGAUAUUUCUUGUUCCAGAUCAGUUACUUUAAUCAUAACUAAAGGGGGAAAAUGGAAAGUGUCAGUCAAUGGAGUUGAAAUCAUUUUGACCAAAAGUUCAUUUUGCAGGACAGCAGGUACGUGCAUGCAAAGGCCUGCCACCAGCAGUAUACUAUUUAUUUUUAAAAUUAAAUCUAAUCAGAAGAUAAGCUUACAUUUGCACAGUUGAAGCUCAUAUGUAUAUAGCUUUUGCUUUAAAAAAUGAGGCAAGGUUCAAGCACUUUUUAUUUCAAUUCAUUGUUAUAUAUUAGUUGACAGAUGAAGAUGGAAUAUGUCUUUCACACUUAUGCAUUGCAGACUGUGGAUAUGAUCACUAUUUCCUCACUUUUGUGAUUCAAAUUGAUCCAAGAUUGAAACCACCACAUAGAUUCAAUUUGGCAUCGAGUGUUCAUUUAUAGCAAUUCUAGCUUCAGAAUCAGCUUUUAAUUGCAAAUAUUUUUGUCAGUUUACAGCAGAACAGAAUGUGUGUUGGUUCUGACAUUUCACGUAGUUCAGUGGUGACUAAGCUUUUCAUUUACGUGCUAGCAUAAAUAUUUCGUGGAGAUAGUAGAUGAAGGCAGGUCCUUCACAUUUCACUUGCAUAUCUUCCACUAAACAAUAAUACAUUAGCUUACAGUCAAAGUUUCCAUUGUAGUUUAAUUAGUUUAAAUUUCAUUAAUUGUGACAGUUUUUAUGAUCUUUGUAUUUAGAUCAUUAAAACCAACAAAUGAAUGUAUUUUCAAGGCUAACAUAGUUAACUUUACAGGCAUAUUUUCCCUGCUACAGCAUAGUAAUUUUGUAACUUGUAAAUAGUCAUUUAAAUGGUUUGUUGUACUUUGUAGACCUAAAGGUAAGGUUUCUGAUAAGAAUUUCCAAGGAAAGAUGACAAUUAUUUUUGUCUUUUAUGCUAGACUUCCCAUAAUAUGUAAAGGAAAAAAAUUAGUUUUUGUGUCAAACGUUACAUUACAGAAAUGUAGGCUUUAACCU